AGUUUCUACCCCCCACCGCAGUGGGAGGAAGUAGAACCACAAAGCACCGUGCUAACAGCAAAAUACAGGAAAAAUUACUUCAACGAAGGACUUAACGCCGAUAUUGUUGCUGGAAAUCGAACAACCUGCUGGGAAGAAGUGUGUAAAAGCAGCGGAGGAGGGGGAGGAGCUGUCUCUGUAAGCCGAGGGAAGUGAGGGCUUCACGGGCAGGAACCAGUCGGGGGGCUGCCGCCGCGGAGCACGACGACCUGCUCGGCUUUCCUGCUUUGACUUCACCUCCGAGCGAGGAACCCGCCAAAAAGCAACCCGGUGACACUUUACUGCCAUGAACUCCAACAGUAACCCUGUCCUCCACCUUACCUCGGGAGGAAAACUUAUCUCUCACCAGGAGAACUAAUCCCCGCUGACCAGCGCUCUCCCCCCGCGUUCCCCCCUCAGCCACCAGCGGCGUCACAACCUCCCCGCAGCUCCGCGCUGGAUCGCCAGGCGAGAAGGCUCGCCCCUCAAGCUCCACACACCCUCAGCGAGCAGCUAUACGGAUUAAAUUCCUGGGUGGCCACAUUUUAACUCUUUUUUUAUUUCGGACUGGAUGAAGACUUGUUUCUCGGAAGAACGGCAAGACUUCCCCAAAAGCGGAGGCGCCAGGAGCCGCAGCAGUUAGCUCCGAUUGCAGGAAACCUACAGCCCCGGUGGUUGUUGUUGGACCAGCUUGUAGCCGUGUUUAUCUGGCAUUUUUUUAUUUUUACACAUGAAGCUGCCGAGCUGAAUUCUUUACAUACACAUGUAUGAGUGGCUAACUUAGCCUGCUGGCUAAGUGGGUUUCGUUUUUUUGCUAGCUAGCUUGGUAGCUAACUAGCUAGCAGGCGAACCCAGAGUCGGUUCUGCUUCGAGCGGACUCGGGUUGUGAUUUGUAAUCACACCGUGUGGUUCGGGCUGGAUCUGGUGCUAAACACCUGAUAUAUUGUCUGCUGUGGUACUGGUUUUUGAUGCGCCCAGUUCGGACUUUAUAAUCAGCUUUAACAGGAAGGAAAGAAAACAACCAGCAGCCAGCGGACCGUGCUUCUCUGGAGUUUACGGACUCGUGAGUUUAGCCUUUUUUUUGUGAUUUAUUUUGCAAAUUUUUGCCGCACUGGAGGACAACAUUCAGCCUCGGAGCGUCCUUUCUCCUUCAUCCGUGGGUUUGAGGCGAGGAGCCACACGUGUCCCUGUUUGUUUCCUGUAAAAAAAAAGCUGACUUUGCUGCUAUUGAGGCCAAAAAAAGACUCCAACCACAGCUCCGUUUUGCUGCCAUUUUCACCGGAAUCGGAGCAUUUUUUUGUCGCCUGCGCAGUGUGUUUACAUUUUUAAGAAGAGCCCCCCCACCACCAUCAGAAGCCCCCCUCAUGUCUGGCUGGAGACAGACCGGCCAUUCGGACAGUUUAGCAGCAGAGAUGUGCAGGGUUUGACCACCCUCCAUCGACAGGCGUUAAAACAAACAAAUCGAGCCCGGUUUCCUGCCUCAUCGCACCCGCAGAGAAAAGCUGCAGUUUUAGCGCUAAAUGGGAUCACAGGAGCGGUGAUCCUGUCGACAGGGGGUCUGGGGUGGGCUCAUUUCUGUCACCCUCUAUGUCUUCCCUCGUGAAUUUCCUUUUUUUAAAUUAACAUUUUUAAUUUUUUGGUAAAGCCUCAACGAUGGUAGCUUGAACCGAACAGCGACACAGUUCCGCUCUCGGCCCUGGAUGUUCUUAUCUGCUGGAGGAAGCCAUUUUUUUUUUACUUGUUUUUAUAAUUUCCUAAAAUAAAUUAGCCGUCCAGAGCCGCGCGGCUUUAUUGAUCCGAGAGGAAAGAUGGCGGACCUUGAAGCGGUACUCGCCGAUGUCAGCUACCUGAUGGCGAUGGAGAAGAGCAAGUCUACCCCGGCGGCCCGGGCGAGCAAGAAGAUCAUCCUCCCGGAGCCCAGCAUUCGAAGUGUUAUGCAGAAGUACCUGGAGGAGAGAGACGAACUGACGUUUGAUAAAAUUUUCAAUCAGAAAAUUGGUUUCCUGCUGUUCAAGGACUUCUGCACGCAUGAGAUCGACGAGGCCGUGCCACAGCUCAAGUUCUACGAAGAGAUCAAGGACUACGAGAAGCUGGACUCGGAGGAGGAGCGCCUGAGCCGCAGCCGGCAGAUUUACGACAUCUACAUCAUGAAGGAGCUGCUGUCCUGUUCACAUCCAUUUUCCAAGAAGGCAGUGGACCAUGUGCAGACUCACUUGGCAAAGAAACAGGUCCCCCCAACUCUCUUCCAGCCAUACAUUGUGGAGAUCUGCGACAGCUUGAGAGGCAACAUCUUCCAGAAGUUCAUCGAGAGCGACAAAUUUACCCGUUUUUGCCAGUGGAAGAACGUGGAACUCAACAUCCACGACUGCCCGUUCAUCGUGUGUAUGACAUACGCCUUCCACACCCCCGACAAGCUGUGCUUCAUCCUGGACCUCAUGAACGGAGGAGACCUGCACUACCACCUCUCUCAGCAUGGAGUGUUCAGUGAAAAGGAGAUGCGUUUCUACGCUGCUGAAAUCAUCCUGGGUCUGGAGCACAUGCACAACCGCUUUGUUGUCUACAGAGACCUCAAGCCUGCUAAUAUUCUGUUGGAUGAGCACGGCCACGUUCGGAUCUCCGACCUCGGCCUGGCCUGCGAUUUCUCCAAAAAGAAGCCCCAUGCCAGCGUCGGCACCCACGGCUACAUGGCUCCAGAGGUCCUUCAGAAGGGGACGGCGUACGACAGCAGCGCAGACUGGUUCUCUUUAGGCUGCAUGCUUUUCAAACUCCUCAGAGGGCACAGCCCCUUUCGGCAGCACAAGACCAAAGACAAACAUGAGAUCGACCGCAUGACGCUGACCAUGAACGUGGAGCUGCCAGACUCUUUCACGGCGGAGCUCAAAGAUCUCCUGGAGGGGCUGCUGCAGAGAGAUGUGUCCAAGCGGCUCGGCUGCCAGGGCCGUGGAGCCUCAGAGGUGAAGGAGCAUCAGUUUUUCAAAGGCCUCGACUGGCAGCAGGUCUACCUGCAGAAGUACCCUCCUCCUCUAAUCCCACCCAGAGGAGAAGUGAAUGCUGCAGAUGCUUUCGACAUCGGCUCCUUUGACGAGGAGGACACCAAGGGCAUCAAGCUGCUGGACAGCGACCAGGAGCUGUACAAGAACUUCCCUCUGGUCAUAUCGGAGCGCUGGCAGCAGGAAGUGGCUGAGACGGUCUACGAGGCGGUCAACUCGGACACAGACAAGAUCGAGGCUCGCAAGAGGGCCAAGAACAAGCAGCUCGGCCACGAGGAGGACUACGCCUUGGGGAAGGACUGCAUAAUGCACGGCUACAUGCUGAAGUUGGGGAACCCGUUCCUCACCCAGUGGCAGCGCCGCUACUUCUAUCUGUUCCCUAACCGAGUGGAGUGGAGGGGGGAGGGCGAGUCACGGCAAAACCUGCUGACCAUGGAGCAGAUCGUGUCGGUGGAGGAGACGCAGAUUAAAGACAAGAAGUGCAUCCUGCUGCGCAUCAAAGGAGGGAAGCAGUUUGUUCUGCAGUGUGAGAGCGACCCGGAGUUCGUGCAGUGGAAGAAGGAGCUGAACGAGGCGUUCACAGAAGCUCAGAAGUUGCUGCGCCGCGCCCCCAAGGUGAUCGGGAAGAGCCGAGCCGGUGUGGUGGAGCUGUCCAAACCUCCCCUCACACACCGCAACAGUAAUGGCCUGUAAAUACAUGUACACACAUGUGUAUAUAUAAAUAUAUACAAACACACACAUCCCUUAGCACACACACUGCACACCACCUCAUCACUGUAAGACAUCGGGACACAAGUGCUCAAGUCCCGCCCCCUCCACACACACACACACACACACAAACACACACAUUCAACGACCAAUCUAUUGGGUUAUUUAUCUUUUCAUUAACGGGACUCUGCCACAGAGAGGCUGGAGGGUUCAGGUCCUGAAGACCCUCCACAUGGAUGUGAUGAAGGGUUUCAUCCCGUCACGUAGCCCCUCCCUACUCUCAUGGAGUCGUGUCUCCUGGACCCCUGAAGCACAGCGACUCGUCCACAGGAGAGCUCCACUCCUCUGUGUGCUGAUGGUGGGGGGAGGGGCUACUACGGAGAAUGUAAACACAAAACAACAAGAAUAAAAACGUGCUGCAGAUGUGGAUCCUCUCCUCCCUCCUUCCUCCCUUUCCUCACUUACUUGAGUGUGCAAAGUGCCAACGUGAAUAUUUGACUUGAGGACCUGCCCUCCCCUCUCCCUGGACCCUCAGAGGGGGUGGGGGGUCCGGGAAACGGGGACCGACCACAGACUCUUCCGAUUGACUCCCACGCAGCCUGUUACUAUGGAGACUGAGAUUCCAUUGGCUGUCAAACAGCAGCUGGUUGCUAUGGGAACUGGGACGACCAGUGUACCUGGGGAUCAGUGACUCUGGACUAAGGUGUGUGUGUGUGAAGGGGGGGGGGGGGUGUAUAUAAACAAACCUCUCUGAGCGUCUUCAGUGUUUUAGUCGUGUGUUUUCAUGGUUCUGGAUGUUCUGGACCACCUGUGGAGGCUGGGAGGAGGGGCCGGGGGUGUCGACAGGCAGGUGUCAGAGCUGUGCUCAGAUGACCGGCGUGUUCUCUCACACACACACACACACACACACACACACACACACACACACAUCCCAGCAGGUUCACACUCAGCCAGUGUUGGUGGACGGAGAGCAGAGACGAUGUUAGAUGAGGAAUAUUUGCAGCUUCAGGUGCAGCGAACACAAAUGUGUCCUGGAAACACUUUUCCAUCCUCCAUGUUUGGACUUUUAGUUUUAACAGAACCCUGUACAGCAUCCAGGUAGGAAUGAACCGCUGCUCGUUCUGUUUGUUUUUUUAUGGGAAAAGUGUCACGGUUUUUUUUUCCAAAUGCAGCAUUAUUGUUCUGGCAGAGAACCUUUGAGCAAAACUAAUGCAUGUUGUAGUGUCUCAGUGCCUGAGCUGAGGGUGCAGAGCCUGGUGGUCCUGAGGGUUCAGGAGCUGACAGAACAACCUGAGCUGCUUUAGGUUCAGACCCUGGGACGUUCCAGGAGGCAGCAGUGAUGAAAGGAGGUGGUGUUGGUUCAAAAUAACCAAACAGGGUGUUGUUUUUUAAAAAAAAAAUUUAUAAAAAGCUCCUGUAUUUAUCCAGUGCAGAGAAUAAAUGAAUCUGCCACAUCCUGGUGUGUGUUUAACAAAAUAAGACCUGCUUGUUCCUGCACCACACCUGCAGCCUCACUUCAUCACUUCUGUUUGCACUGACACAGAUCUGUGUUUAGAUCAUUUUGUUCAAGUCUUUUCUGUCUCGAACCUCUGCUGCCCAGAUGGACCACUCUGACAACAGGAACACUUUUAUUUCCUAAACAGGAACAGAAAAAAAUUAAUUUGUAAUGUGAAUCUUACUAUUUUGGACCCAUGAAAUUCUUUUUUUUUAUUUGUUGACAGAAGGAAGCAGACUUACUGUAGUUUACCUCCUGUUAUUCUGGCUCAGAUGAGGUGAAAAGCUUUUCAUUUCGCAGAGUUUACGUGUUUUGUUUGGACCUCGUCACUCCCCUGCAGAACAGGAAGUCAGCAGUGUUAACGGCACGGAGCAGCAGGAGGACUUGUUGUAAUUCAGGGCUUUUAUUUUUCAUGCAGUACCGUGUCCUCGUCUGUGACGUCAACGCAUUUCUGGAGCUGUGAUGUUGGACCCUGAGUAGGAAAAAGGGCCACCAGGAGCAUCAUGAGGGUUUUUUUUUAUUAUUUUUAUUAAAUGUUUAGCCUUUACCAGUCAGGGGGAGAUUUUACUGUCUUAUAGAGAAAUGUUGCCACCUCUUAUGGUGUCUUUUAUUUUUGUAAACCAAAAUGGUUUUUAUUGUUUUUGCUCAAAUUUAUGUUGCACUUUUUUUUUUUUUUAGCAGCCCAGUAUGAUGUAAACCAGUUGUUAAAUGUGCCAAAUAAUUAUGUGAGAAAACCAACAGGAAGUUGGAACUUGUGGACACAGCUGCAUCCAAAACCAUGUCGAGUUCCACACAGUGAGUUUGUGAAACAAACUGCGACCAAACCCACCCCCCCCCGCCCCCUCGCGGGUGGGAAGCACAGACACACACAGAGCAGCUCAAGGCGUGCGCAGUGUGAGUAUGCCUCAUCAAUGCCUCCUGUGGUCAUCAAGUGGACUUUUUUAAUUUUAAUUUUUUUUAUUGUUGCACAUAGAUUUUAUGCUCAGACACGCUCGACACAAUUUAAAAAAAAGUGGCAUAUAGGGAAAAAAAUGAAAGUAUAUAUAAAUAUAUGUGUAUAUGAAAUGAGAAAAAUGCUUUAGGUUUAUUUAAAAGAUUUAUUGUAGAAAACAACGAGGGGCGGUGGGGAGUCUUGAUGUGAGUCUAAUUGUUUGUGGUGAAGACUUCAGCUGGACUCUUGCACAUAAAGACUUGGAGGAGUUCUUGGACCUGCAGGAGCCAGACGGUCAUGUCUGCUGGAGUAUCGCACUCUUUGCUCUUUCAUAUUUAUUGUGUGGCGAGUUGGAGCUUCCAGCCAACAGCUCGUCGUAGAGCAUCCUCCACCGUCAGAUACUCUCCUCUUUGUUUUCAGACGCCACAAACACAGAUACUACUGCUUUUGGGUUAUUGAAAUUAUGGUCAUGAUAUUACUGAUAUAUGAUGGAUAUUAUUCAGUGAUUAUUAAAAAGAUUAUUUUGUUUCAAUGAUUUUGUUUUUGUUUUGAGACGGGUAGGAUGUUGCGUGUUGGACUGCUUGUAAAAACAGUUCAUGAAUAAAAAAUUUUUUUCCGUG